UAAGUUAAUUAACAAGUAUUAUCAGUACCCCCUUAAUGUUACUCCAGCACAAAGUCUGAUUGAAAUGGGUUCUGCAGCGGAAGAUGUGUAUGCUGAGCAUGAGGUGGAGCACUUCACUCAGCGGUACUCAUGGGACUGCGGUGUGGCCUGUGUCACAAUGCUGCUGGACCCAGCACAGCGCCGGGAGCUGUUAGACAAGUUUGAGCAGAUCUGCAAGGAGGAGGGCUUCGGACAAAUCACGUGGACCAUUGAUCUGUGUUAUUUGUUAAAGAAGUUUGAGAUCCCACACUGCAUGCACACCACCAUGAUGGGCGUGAAUGAGGCCCACAGGAAACACAACUACUACCGGAAUAUCAUUGAUAAGGACCGUCUCCGCAUCUCUCAACGCUUUGAUUCCGCAAACGCGGCAGGCAUAGAGUUGGUGGAAGGCCACCUGCCAAUGGACGCCAUAGUGCGUCAUCUACGACACGGCCCGGCGCUGUUGCUGAUCGACGCCGGCCUAUUGUCGUGUGAUCUCUGUAAACACAACAAGCUGAAGGCCGAUUUUAGGCGAUGCUUCGGCGGUUCUUUCACCGGCCACUUCGUCCUCCUGGUGGGCGUCCGUCGCAACAGGCUGCUGUACCGCGACCCCGCCCUAGGGCCACGCACAUGUGCCACCAGCAUGGCGCGCAUGGAGCGGGCUAGAGCCCCGCCUACUGAUAGAGACGUUAUACUUGUUUAUAAGGAGUACAGGAGGUGACCGGCUCUACCGAGUUACCGACCCCGCCUUAAGGCCACGCCCAUGUGCCACCAGCAUGGAGAGGGCUAGAGCCCCGC